CGCCUUCUCUUUUCACGUGACCCCUCCUCUCCUCUCCCUCUCGGCUCCAUAUUGAAUUUGAAACUGAAGGAAACGAGCCUGGUCACAAAAUGGAGGUAUCCAGGCCUGAAGCAUGUAAAAGCAACUAGAAGAAAGGGAGAACCUGGCUGCCUCCUUUAGUAACUGCUACUGCGUAAGAGGCAGAGAAGAAACUCCAGACAGUAGCAUAACAGGUUAAAAGGAGCAACUGAGUUAGUGCAUCCUUCGAAAAUGUCUGGGAUCAAAGAGGAGAGAGAUAUUGAAGACUACAAGAGGAAAGGAAGAAGAUCUUCACAGGGCCAUGACCCAAAGGAGCCAGAACAGUUGAGAAAACUGUUCAUUGGAGGCCUGAGCUUUGAAACAACAGAUGAUAGCUUAAGAGAACAUUUUGAAAAAUGGGGCACGCUCACAGACUGUGUGGUGAUGAGAGACCCACAAACAAAACGUUCCAGAGGCUUUGGCUUUGUGACUUACUCUUGUGUGGAAGAGGUAGAUGCUGCAAUGAGUGCUCGACCACAUAAGGUUGAUGGGCGUGUGGUCGAGCCCAAGAGAGCAGUUUCUAGAGAAGAUUCUGUAAAGCCUGGAGCACACUUAACAGUAAAGAAAAUAUUUGUUGGUGGAAUUAAAGAAGAUACAGAAGAGUAUAAUUUGAGAGACUACUUUGAAAAAUAUGGCAAGAUUGAAACCAUAGAAGUCAUGGAAGACAGGCAGAGUGGAAAGAAAAGAGGAUUUGCUUUUGUAACUUUUGAUGAUCAUGAUACAGUUGAUAAAAUUGUUGUUCAAAAAUAUCAUACUAUAAAUGGACAUAAUUGUGAAGUGAAAAAAGCACUUUCCAAGCAAGAGAUGCAGACUGCUAGCUCACAGAGAGGUCGUGGAGGUGGCUCAGGCAACUUCAUGGGUCGUGGAAGUUUUGGAGGAGGAGGUGGUGGUGGUGGUGGAAACUUCAGCCGAGGAGGAAACUUUGGUGGCAGAGGAGGCUAUGGUGGCGGCAGCGGUGGUGGUGGUGGGAGAAGUGGAAGCUUUGGGAGUGGUGAUGGAUAUAAUGGAUUUGGCGAUGGUGGGAACUAUGGAGGUGGCCCUGGUUACAGUAGUAGAGGGGGUUAUGGUGGUGGUGGAGGAGGACCAGGAUACGGAAACCCAGGUGGUGGAUAUGGUGGCGGUGGUGGUGGAGGAGGAGGAGGUGGAUACGAUGGUUACAACGAAGGAGGAAAUUUUGGUGGCGGUAACUAUGGUGGCAGUGGAAACUAUAACGAUUUUGGCAAUUAUAGUGGGCAACAGCAGUCAAACUAUGGACCCAUGAAAGGAGGUGGCAGUUUUGGUGGCAGAAGCUCAGGAAGUCCCUAUGGUGGUGGUUAUGGAUCUGGAGGUGGUAGUGGUGGCUAUGGUGGCCGAAGAUUCUAAACAGAACCAGAAAAAGGGCUACAGUUCUUAGCAGGAGAGAGAGAGCGAGGAGUUGUCAGGAAAGCUGCAGGUUACUUUGAGACAGUCGUCCCAAAUGCAUUAGAGGAACUGUAAAAUCUGCCACAGAAGGAACGAUGAUCCAUAGUCAGAAAAGUUACUGCAGCUUAAACAGAGAACCCUUCUUGUUCAGGACUGCCAUAGCCACAGUUUGCAAAAAGUGCAGCUAUUGAUUAAUGCAAUGUAGUGUCAAUUAGAUGUACAUUCCUGAGGUCUUCUAUCUGUUGUAGCUUUGUCUCUUUUUUUUUUUUUUUUUUUUUCUUCCCUCAUUACAUCAGGUAUAUUGCCCUGUAAAUUGUGGUAGUGGUACCAGGAAUAAAAACCAAUUAAGGAAUUUUUAACUUUUCAAUAUUUGUGUAGUUCAGUUUUUCCACAUUUUAGUUCAGACUUUAACAAAAAUAAAGAAAUGUAGUUUAGGGUGUUUCUUGUUAAUGGAGAAGAUUGAUGAAUUUCUCAAUUACCAUUUUGUGUUAACUUUAACUGUAGAAACACCUGCUGAUUUGUAGUCUAAGAGGUAUAGUCUCAAUGCAUAUAUGUAACUCCCAUUGACAUGAGUUUUAUAUAUAUGCAAAUAGAGAACAUAUGUUGCAUUAUAGUUUUGUAUUAUUAGGAUUGAGUUAUUUAAACUAGUGUUUUGUGAAUGAUUAGAAUUAAGCUUACUUUCAAAUGAAAAUUUCAAAUUACUUCUUGGUUUGUGCAUAUUUUUUAAUUUGUAGUUCUGUAUUACUUAGUGCUGGCUCUGCAAGAAAAUAAGGCCUGAUAAAUAUUUUUAACAAGACUCUCUUUAGCUACAUUAAAACUGCCUCCAGUCUCAUUUUGAGAUAUGUAGGGGAUACCUGCAGUCUCUUGUUCCAGUUCUGGGUGAAGAGGAGAUGGACUUGCGUUUACCUUUUUUCAAAUUCUUGUAAAGCUCAAAAGGGUGAAACUCAAGUGCCUAUUACCUUAGGGUAUGAAGUUAGAUAUUUUUUGGAUGAAAUUGUGCUUUGAAGAGAGCAGCCAUGAUGUCUUUCUCUUGAAUUAACUAUAUUUCAUUUGAAUGUGCUGUUGUAGUGAGAGAAUAGGUAUAUGUUGUAAAACAAUUUAAUGGCUAUAUGCUUCCUUGUACACACCCUAGGCAUUUUUUCUGGACACAUCCUUCUGACUUGGAACAAAGAGUAGCACAGGUAUAAUCCCUGACAGUCUCAGGUAAUGCAUUAAAAAGCCUCAUGAUGAUGGGCAAACUGUCAUAGUACAAGUAUUUUACUUCUGAAGAUAUGGGUUCAAGUAAGGGAUUUAGAGUUAUUUAAAAAUAAACUUGGUCAUAUUUUAGUGGCAGGAAGUCUUUUUAGUUCCAUUGUUUGGGUUAGAUUUGAUACCAGUGUCAGUUUGCUUAAGAGACGCCCAUAAUCAAUUCAGAUAUGAUACACUGGAUGAUGGUGGUGUAUCAAAGUGGAAUACAAGCAGAGUAACUGGGUAGGUGACAGUAAUGCUGAAAAGGAUCUGGGGGUUAUAGUGGAUCACAGCUGAGUCAACAAUGAUGCAUUUUCAAAAAGGGUUAAUAUUCUGGGGUGUAUUAACAGGAGUGUCUCCAUGUAGGACAUUUUGGGGUGGGGGGAGAGAUGGUGUUAAUUGUCCUUCUUUGCUUGGCACUGGUAAGCUUCAGCUAGAGCAUUUUGUCUAGUUCUGGGUGCCAUACUUCAAGAAAGAUGUGAAUAAAUUGGAGAGUUAAGAGGAGAGCAACAAAUAAAAGGCUUAGAAAACCUGACAUGAGGAAAGGCUAAAAAAACUGGGCAUGUUUAGUCUUGGGAAAAGAACAUGGAGGGGGGGACCUAAUAAGUCUUCAGCGAUGUUAAGGGUUUUUACAAAAAGGAUGGUAAUCAAUUUGUUUUCAGUAUGUACUGAAGGUAGGACAAGCAGUAAUGGGCUUAAUCUGCAGCAAGGGAGAUCUAGGCUGGAUAUUUAGGAAAUCCUGUUUAACAACAACAAUAGUUGAGUUCUGGAAUAGGUUUCCAAAAGAGGCUCUGGAAAAUCCUUUUAAGAAAGAGGAUGGUCAAAAACCUAUCAAGGUUUACUUGGUCCUACCUCAGCACAGGGGGAUGAAGUUGAUGACCCCUUUCCUCAACUUGAUUUGACUUUUCUCUCAACUCUUGCCAGAGCAGUGCUUUCUGUCAUACAGGCCCAGAAGAGUAGGGAUACAGUCAGUAGAAGAAAAACCCCAGACUUUUGACAGAAUAUGAUGCUCAAAUUGCUCUCACCUGUUUCACCUCUCAGUCAAUGUGCAGUAUAAGGUAAAUGCAAUUCCAGCACAGGAAUCCAUCUUCAAAGAUGUUAUGAAAUGGCUUAAGUUACGAACAGUCAAACUACAAUAAGUUACUAUUUAAGAGGCUGUAGAAGAAAUAAAAAUCAAUAAAAUCAUUAAGCAAUGUUGCCAAACAUUGUUAUGGGAGUGUGUUCAAAUUUCAGAAUACUAAAGAAACAAGGAACACUGUCAAGGUUGGUAGGCACCAAACUGGAUUUUUUUUUCUCAUCUGCUCAGGUUUUUCUUGUGGGAAUGUUCUAAAAUGAUUUUUUUUUAUCUCUAGUUUUAAAAAACCCCAAUAGUCUAGUAUCUGCAUGAAUCCAGACUAUAGUAGAAUGGCAUGCAUUGAGAUGGGAGUUUGAAAAAGUAGCACUUAAAUGAGAUACUUAAAUCGAGUUCCUUGGAGGUGUAGAGAAUGGCCAAACUUUAAAAGGUCCAUCAAAUCUGGCAUCUGAUCUGGAUACUUGCAAAAUUGUGGAUGAGUUCUGCAGUCACACAACAUUUAGAUCACUCCUUGACUUGCAUGUGCAAAUGCUUGUUAACAAGGAGUUGGGUAAACCUGGAUCUGGAUCUGCAUCUGAUUGUAGGGAAAGAAUUAGGAUGGGUUGAGGUAAAGUCUUGACAGUGUUCUUUUUAACAAGGCCUCUGUAGCUGCCCUGUAACACUUACAUUAGUUUCAAGACUUGUUUGCAACUUGAAACAGGUUGAAGUCUGCAAGUGACUUGUUCCUAAGUGGGUGGGGUAGCUUAGUUGUGGUAUGCAAUAUGGAAAAGUGUAAGCUGUGAGACAGUGUUUAACCAGCUUUAAGAACCUAGGAUGUACUUCUUAGCAAAGUAUGGAUCAAAGGACUCAUAAGACAGGACUUCAGCAGCCUAUUGAGUAUGGACAAGUCAGCAUAAUUAAAGAAUGACAAGGCAGCGGCAGCAACAGCAGCUUCAACUUCCAGAGAAGUGAAGGCAUAAGAUACUGUGCUGAUAGUGAGCAGCUUUCCAAAAGCUAGUUAAAUCUGCUGAAAUAUCGAAGAAAGUCUAGCAAGAGUUCUUCACCUUUUGGAACCUCCUUGAGUGAUAGCCACUUGAGUUGACACAAAAUCAAUAGGUCUAGCAUUUAGACCUGAAAGGAAGGGCAAUGAGAUAGGUUGAAUGAGAAGCUGCAACUUGACAAAAUGAGAUGUCUUGCAUAUCUCUUCAGUUCAAAGGUUUCUGAUUAGGUAAGACUUGUCCUGUACAACAAGCAUCUGAUCAUGACCCUUCAACUCACUCCCUUCUAGAUUUCCCCGCCCCCUCCUUUUUAUUAACUUGUAUUGAGCUUUUUCCUAGAUAGGAGAAAAGUGCAUCAGCAAAUCACAGCAUUCGCUGCUCAGAAAUAGAUAUUUUUUGUGGGUGUGAAAGCAGUUCUAUAUAAUUCAUUUCUCAGCUGUUUGUAUCUUGUAAUAUGUGGAUCAGGGAUUUGAGCAGUGGACUAUAGUCUUCCCACUGUUAAGAGAGCUUCUAAAAAACCUUUUGACCACCAUUCAAAAUUGUUUUUAACAUGGUGACACUAGAGUAUUGCAGAUGAAAGCAUUCCUCCUAUUAACGAGAACAAUGAUCUAUUCCUUUGCAAAAGUUUAGGCUCUCUAAUGGCAUUAGUAAUUAGCAAAGGAAAUGACACAUCAGGAUGUGUAGGUCCAGUCUAAUUUUUCUUGUCCUGGCAGUUUUUUCCUUAGAAUGUCCUAUAACAAAUAGGGAUCAGUCAAAGUGGAUUUUAGCUCAAAACAACACUUUUAUUUAUGUGGAGACAGAAUAAAAUAACUUGUUCUAUUUUGCACAAGUCCUUGACUGUCUUGGAUAUUUGCUGUUUUUCUGUGUUCAUCUCUCUAGGCCUGAAGUUGUCAUGGUGGGGAAUAUUUCCAUUGUAGCCCUUUUUUACACUGGAGUCUAGUACCUAUUUUAAAUAAAACCUCAGUCAGAUAAAAUAAGAACUAGUAGAUAUUUUUACUUGGAACUAUUACUGUUCACUGAAAGUAGUCUUCAAGUACAACUCAGCCAGUAUUGUCUGCUUAAAUUGCACUAAAAUGAAAAAUUCAAAUGAAUACAUUUCACUUAAACAGUUUCAGCUGUUAAGUGUUAAUAUAUGGAUUUUGAUUAAUGCUAGAAUCCCACCAGUUGAAUCCUGUCAACAUCUCCCUGUGAACACCUAAAGAUCCAGCCUUUGAAAACUGGUUUUCAUCAGACAAGGAGAUGAACGAUUUACUUUAAAGAAAAGUUGGACAGAUGGUAUAGCAGAAUAUCUGAAUUUCCAGGUUGACUCCUGUACCGCUAAGAUAACUUUUUCCUGAACUCAGUGGUGCAAGUCUAUCCAUCAUAGAAGAAAAGUGACCCUUCCAUAGAGGACAAUGUCACAAGAUUUGAAAACAAAAAUUAAACCUAUAAUUAAAAUGUCAGAUAAAGGCUUAAAGGAUAAUGUAGUGAAACUGUACAGCUUGCAUUCAAACAAGUUUUAGAAAAGAACAUCCAUAAAUGUUAAUUAACUAUGUAUAUCAAAGUAUUGUCGAUAAUGCAUUUAUAUGUAUUAAAAUAUUUCUAAUUUUC